AUGUCUCACGAAGGCCAGGAAGAAUUGUUGGACUACUCCGACUCGGAAGAAAUCGCCGUGCAAACCUCCACGGCUCCAACCGAAGAUGCCACCAACGGCAAGGACGCCGAUAAGAAGGGCUCUUAUGUUGGUAUUCACGCUACUGGUUUCAGAGAUUUCCUCUUGAAGCCGGAGUUGUUGAGAGCCAUCGGAGACUGUGGUUUUGAACAUCCAUCUGAAGUUCAGCAGGUCUGUAUCCCUCAGUCCAUUUUGGGAACCGACGUCUUGUGUCAGGCUAAGUCUGGUUUGGGUAAGACUGCCGUUUUCGUGUUGUCCACCUUGCAACAGUUGGACCCAGUCCCAGGUGAAAUCUCCACCUUGGUUAUCUGUCACACCAGAGAGUUGGCUUACCAGAUCCGUAAUGAGUACGCCCGUUUCUCCAAGUAUAUGCCAGACGUCAAGACCGACGUGUUCUACGGAGGAACUCCAAUCUCUAGAGACUUGGAGAAGUUGAAGAACAAGGACACUUGCCCUCACAUCGUGGUGGCUACUCCAGGUAGAUUGCACGCACUUGUUGAGGAGAAGGGUAUUCGUUUGAACAACGUCAAGUCCUUCGUCAUCGAUGAGUGUGACAAGGUUUUGGAAUCCUUGGACAUGAGAAGAGAUGUCCAGGACAUUUUCAGAAACACUCCUCACCAGAAGCAGGUGAUGAUGUUCUCUGCAACCUUGUCGCAGGAGAUCCGUCCUGUUUGCAAGAAGUUCAUGCAGAGUCCUUUGGAAAUCUACGUUGACGACGAGGCCAAGUUGACCUUGCAUGGUUUGCAACAGUACUACUUGAAGUUGGAUGAGAAGGACAAGAACAAGAAGUUGUCAGACUUGUUGGACUCCUUGGAAUUCAACCAGGUGAUCAUCUUUGUCAAGUCUACUUCUAGAGCCAACGAGUUGAACAAGUUGUUGUGUGCCUGUAACUUCCCAUCUAUUGCUGUCCACUCUGGAUUGAAGCAGGAGGAGAGAAUCGCCAGAUACAAGUCGUUUAAAGAGUUUAACAAGCGUAUCUGUGUCUCCACUGAUGUUUUCGGAAGAGGAAUUGAUAUUGAGAGAAUCAACUUGGCCAUCAACUACGACUUGCCAAACGAGGCUGACCAGUACUUGCACAGAGUUGGUAGAGCUGGUAGAUUUGGUACCAAGGGUUUGGCCAUCUCUUUCGUGUCCACCAAGGAGGAUGAGGAAGUCUUGGAGAAAAUCCAGUCCAGAUUCGACGUCAAGGUCACCGAAUUCCCUGAGGAGGGUGUCGACCCAUCCACCUACAUGAACACUUAG